ACUCCACACUGAAAUGCCAACUGACCCAACCUUAAAGUUUGAAUGCAAAGUUUUUCCAAAAAACUUUAGGUUGUUAUAUUUUAGGGAAAAUAUCCACUUUGUCAACCCUCUGUCUUCAGUUAUCAUCAUCAUCUGAGAGGAGGAGUGGCUUUAAAAUAAACCAGAAGAGCAACAUACCUGUCAGGUGAGUUCAAAACUUCCCAUUUGCCUUCAGCUUCAAUCAAAUCAGUGCUUGUUUUUCGGUGUGGAAUUACUCUGUGUUGAAUUUUAAUACCAGUUCUUAUAAAUUAUUUGACAGAUAAGGCUUAGAAUAGUGUAAUGAGUGAGCACAGAUGAAGGAUAUAAAGUGUGUGGUUGUUGGGAGCACUGUGGGAAAAUCAUGCCUUCUGGUGAGCUACACCACCAAUGCAUUUCCAGAGCAGACUGUUGCUACUACAUUUGAUAUUUUUUCUGCCAAUGAGAUUGUUGAUGGGAAUCCAGUGAGACUACAACUGUGGGAUACAGCAGGGAUGGAGGAAUAUGACAGGCUUCGACCACUUGCCUACCCAGAGACGGAUGUGCUCUUAAUCUGUUUCUCAACAGUGGAUUCAGACUCGUUUGAGAAUGUCAGUGAAAAGUGGUUGCCAGAAGUCAGACAUUUUUGCCCUGACAUACCGAUAAUUCUAGUCGGGAUGCAAAUUGAUCUGAGAAAAGACAAGUUGACCAUUGAAUAUUUGGAAGAGAUAAAACAUACCCCCGUCACCUUUCAUCGAGGCUUGGCUAAAGCUGAAGAAGUAGGAGCUGUGACGUAUGUGGAGUGCUCAGCGAAAACACUGAAGGGUGUUAAAACAGUGUUUGAGGAAGCCGUCCGCGCAGUUCUGAACCCACAGGGAGGACACCCUACAGUGAAGAAAAGAAAGUGUUUAAUCAUCUGAACUGACUGGAGCACAUAUAAUACAGUCUGAACUCACCUGAGAGCCAGAGGUGACCCAGUGGAGACUCUGUGAGUUAAUAAAACUCUUUCUGAUGACAAAAUGUUGUAAAAAAAAUAAGAGAACAUGCAAACUCCACACAGAAAUGCCAACUGACCUAGCCUUAAGUUUGAAUGCAAAGUUUUUCCAAAAAACUUUAGGUUGUUAUAUUUUAGGGAAAAUAUCCACUCUGUCAACCCUUUGUCUUCAGUUAUCAUCAUCAUCAUCAUCAUCAUCAUCAUCAUCAUCUGAGAGGAGGAGUGGCUUUAAAAUAAACCAAAGUUUUCGUCAAACUAAAUACUUUCAACUUAAAUCAACAUUUUCAUUUGCAGAGCAAUUACAGAUGUGUGUGAGAAAUAUUCACCAUUGUGGUGAUCCAUGUUCCAGAUCAAUAAAGGGCAGAGAAUUAUUGCUA